GUCGUGAAGUAUGUAAAUACUAAUAUUAUUAUGUUCUUCUUUAACCAGCUGUUUUAAUUAGGUAGCUAACCUGACCGGACAUCUUUUGUAUAACGUUAGCUUCAUACUGGCUAGCUUGACAGUAGCUAUCUUGUCUAUAAGGAAGUUUAUCAUUACGUUUCUAGACUAAAUCCCAACUUCUGUGACUUGCGGACAGCUGGAGACGUCGAAGAACAGCAGAGACUCCAAAGCAGCUGGAUACCUAUUGACACUGUCUUGGGAAGAUGUCAUCACCAAUAUACUACAACCAAGACAGUGUUACUCGCUUCAAGAAAAGAAAAGCUCGUUUCUCUUUCAGUGAAGUUCACAUACUAUUGGACGAAGUGAGGAAGCAUCGUAUGGUUGUUGUGGGCAAAUUCAAUCGUGGUGUGCCAACAGACAUGAAGAAGCGCACAUGGGCAGAGAUUACUGCACGGGUCAAUGAGAUUGGGGAGUGCCAACGUGAGGUUAUUGAAGUCAUCAAGAAAUGGUCCGAUCUAAAGUGUGACACCAAGCGGAAAGUUGCUGCCAUGCGUUCAGGGACAGUGCCUAACAGGGGCCUCAAUUCUCGUCUCUCCAGAGACCUUAAUCAGACUGAGAAAAUAGUGCUCCAGAUUCUGGAGAUGGACGAGGAGGACCAGAGCACAGGUGACUUUGGCCCACUGGGAGAUGACGACGAUGUGCCAGAGGAGGAAGAGGAAAUGGAAGAGGAGGAUAUUAUUGGAAUGCAGAGUUCUCCAAAUGGUGGGUUGGACAUGGUGUCUAUGCCCCCACCAACCUCCUACAGCAUGAGGGACUCUUCACAACCUGCCUUUGAUGUGCAGUAUGAAGUACCUUCGACAGAAGAUGCUGAAGCUGUGUAUGGAGACUCAGACGAUGACCAAAGGGAUGACGUGCUUCCUUCCACUCAGGCAGCAAAAUCAAUAGAGGAUCACCAAGGAAACAAUGGCAUCCAGAAACAAGGACAGCCUCAGACAUCCUCUGGACCGUCAACGUCAACAGCCACCCUUCCAACAGCAGGUCAGCCCUCGCAGAACAUGAGAGACAGCAUGCUACGUAACGCAUCGCUGAGCCUUCAAGAACAGCACGCCACCAACAUCCUGUUGGAGACGGUUUCACGCUCCCUAGAGCUUCUGUCUGAGUCAGUACAGCAGCUGGCAGAGACUCAGCAAGAGUUUGUGCGAGAGUCGCUGCAGCUCCAGAGGGAAACGGUGCAGGUACUCAGAGACUUCACAGGUGGAGCCAUUGCGCUUAUGCAUGACAAACUGAAUGGACGGCCAGCGUUAUAGCAGCAAAGUGUCAGACAGAGAUGUUAAGUUGUAUCACUGACUGCAUACAUGGCCUUCAGGUGCAGGAACCUUUUAGUUCCUUUGGACUCCACCGCUGGUUACUUUACUUUUUGAUAGUACUCAACAGAUUUUCUGUUGUCAUAUUUUAAAACUGUAUUCGUAGAAACAUUGUAUUGAUGGAAUUUCUGUCUGUGAGGUUACAUGGAAAUGAUUUGAGAAAAUAACUGAUGUUAGCCAUGAAAGAAAAUGUGGAGGGUUUUUUUUUUGUUUUUGCUACUGAAAGUGAGACUCCUACCACUUACAUUGUAAAGCAUUUUUUCACCACAUUUGAAGCCUUUACAUUCUUUUAUUGUUGACAUGCAAAGAAUGAGUCUUUGAUUUUGAAAAGUCUGUCUAAUCCGUUUGUGUGUCCAUGUAUAAGUUGUAGUUUCAUCAGUGUCUGGAGAUUAUCACAUGUACUGUAAUGGUGAGUGGAUUUCCACACCUGACCAUUAUAUGGUCUGUAUGUCUGAGAGCUCAACAAGGUGUGUUAGAUAUUUUGAAAAUACCUGUAACUGCAUAAGUUGUGAUUGUCUGAUUUUGUUUUUUACAUUGCAAACAUGAACACUUGAAUAUGAAAGUUUCAGUCAUUUCUUUAAAUAUGAAAUAAACCCCCUCCAUGCAUUUAAACACAACACAAGUCAAUUAUAGCCUUUAUCUUGAUGUAUUGGCAAUAAGUUGAUUUGACUUCACUUAAAAUAGUACAUUUCAAAUCAUCUUACAUUUGAAUAAAUUAUUUUCUUCAUUGUCUGUUUAUCCAACUGAAUUGAAUUAGAAGCCUUAAAAGAGCAGUGAUGUUUAGAACUGUAACUUGUUAUCGUUGUUCGUUAUGGAGGUUUAUGCUCAGAUUUUACUUUGGAACAUAAAUGUGGUGAGCUGUU